ACCUGCGUGAACCUGAUCAGUAUUCUUGAUCUGCAGCUUCCUCUCUUAGUAGCCAUCACCAAUAGUCCAGCAGCAAGACUGUUUAGAAAAAUGGAAGGGAAUGGAUCCAUCGACAUGUUCUCAGAAGUCCUAGAGAACCAGUUCCUCCAGGCCACUAAGCUCGUGGAAAACCACUUGGACUCUGAAAUUCAGAAACUGGAUCAGAUCGGUGAAGACGAGCUGGAACUCCUCAAAGAAAAGAGACUGGCGGCACUCAGGAAGGCCCAGCAGCAGAAACAAGAGUGGCUUUCUAAAGGACAUGGGGAGGACAGAGAAGUGGUCAGUGAGAGAGACUUCUUUCAGGAAGUCAAGGAGAGUGAAAAGGUGGUUUGCCAUUUCUACAGAGACACCACAUUCAGGUGUAAAAUACUAGACAGACAUUUGGCAAUACUGGCCAAAAAACAUCUUGAAACCAAGUUUUUGAAGCUGAAUGUGGAAUAGGCGCCAUUCCUCUGUGAGAGACUGCGGAUCACGGUCAUCCCCACACUAGCGCUCCUGAGAGACGGCAAGACACAGGAUCAUGUUGUCGGGUUCACCGACCUAGGCAGUACGGAUGACUUCACUACGGAUACUUUAGAAUGGAGACUUGGCUGUUCUGACGUUAUCAAUUACAGUGGAAAUUUAAUGGAGCCACCAUUUCAGAGCCAAAAGAAAUUUGGGACAAACUUCACAAAGCUGGAAAAGAAAACUAUCCAAGGAAAGAAAUGCGAUUCAGACUCUGAUGAUGACUAGACUGUGCUGUCCUUGUAGACCAUCUGUUUGUCUGUUUAUUUCAGAGUUCAGUGUGUUCCUAAAUUCUCCUGAUUUCGGCCCAUUCACCAUCUAUACUCAUAUCCCAGCGUUUAUACUGUGUCACUACA